UCCUGAUUCUGUUUAAAAAUACCUUCCAAAAGUUAUUGUGACACUCACAUGUCCUCACAUUAUGUUGAAUAAAGUCAUGUUUUGUACCUCAAACUUAGACACAUUAAUCAUACUUAACUUUGUUAUUAUACAGCUUUACUCAUAUCAUGACUUUGGAAGCUAUUUAACACUAACUAGUCUUACCACUGACUGCUGUAGAUGCUACAAAGCAGGAGACAUCAUUUGUUUAUUUCUUUGACUUUAGAUGCACUUUGACCUCAGAGAAGGCCGCCAAGCGACCAGCAUGCCCCCGUCUCCCUCUCCUGCCCCAGGGCGCAGGACUUCCCUCGAUACAGUGGAUAUCGUGGUGCUGGUCAUCUACUUUCUGCUGAUUCUGGCUGUUGGAUUCUGGUCAAUGUUGAGGACAAAGCGCAGCACGGUGAAAGGAUACUUCCUGGCUGGGAAGAACAUGACCUGGUGGCCUGUGGGUGCCUCGCUAUUUGCCAGUAACAUUGGCAGUGGACAUUUCAUUGGCCUGGCAGGGUCAGGGGCUGCAGCAGGAAUUGGGGCUAUUGCAUAUGAGUGGAAUGGUAUGCUGAUGGUGCUGCUGCUGGGAUGGCUCUUUCUCCCCAUUUAUAUCGCCUCUGGGGUGAUGACCAUGCCAGAAUAUUUGCAGAAGCGUUUUGGCGGUAGAAGAACACAGAUAUUUUUAACUGUCCUGUGUUUAUUUAUUUACAUCUUUACAAAGAUAUCGGUGGACAUGUAUGCCGGUGCUCUCUUCAUUCAGCUCGCCUUACAAUGGAACAUCUACAUCGCUGUGGUGCUGCUGCUGUCAAUUACUGCUCUCUACACUGUUGCAGGUGGUCUAGCUGCAGUUAUCUACACAGAUGCUGCUCAAACUGUUAUAAUGCUGGCAGGAGGGCUCACCCUCAUGGUCUUCAGCUUUGCGGAGGUUGGAGGCUGGGAUGCUCUGAUGAGCAAAUACCCCAACGCCAUCCCCUCGGUACGCGUGCCAAACUCAACCUGUGGCAUCCCUCGAGAUGACGCCUUCCACAUAUUCAGAGACCCGGUGAACUCGGACCUGCCUUGGCCUGGGAUCAUCAUCGGCAUGUCCAUCCCCUCCAUGUGGUACUGGUGUUCUGACCAGGUUAUUGUGCAGCGAUCCUUGGCUGCUAAGACCCUCACCCAUGCGAAAGGUGGCUCAUUAAUGGCGGCUUACUUAAAGAUUCUGCCUUUCUUUGUUAUCAUGCUGCCGGGCAUGAUCAGCAGGAUACUUUACACAGAUGAUGUGGCGUGUGCAGACCCUGAGUUGUGUAAAGAGAUUUGUGAUAACCCAGUGGGAUGCUCAGACACCGCCUACGCCAGACUGGUGAUGGAGCUGCUGCCUACUGGCCUGCGAGGUCUCAUGAUGGCAGUAAUGAUCGCUGCCCUCAUGUCCUCUCUGACCUCCGUCUUCAACAGCGCCAGCACCAUUUUCACCAUGGAUCUCUGGAAGACUUUCCGAACCCGUGCAUCUGAGUGGGAACUUAUGAUUGUGGGAAGGUUGUUCGUGCUCGUGCUGGUGGUGGUGUCUGUGCUGUGGAUUCCUGUCAUCCAGGCCAGUCAGGGGGGGCAGCUUUUUAUCUACAUCCAGUCCAUCAGCACCUACCUGCAGCCUCCAGUGUCCAUCAUCUUCCUCACAGGCUGCUUCUGGAAGAGGACCAAUGAGAAAGGUGCAUUCUGGGGCCUGGUUAUUGGCCUGGUGGUGGGCUGCAUACGCAUGCUGUUGGACUUCAUUUACCCUGCGCCCCAGUGCUACGAGGAGGACGACAGGCCUGCGGUGUUGAAAUACGUCCACUACCUGUACUUCUCCAUGUUGCUGUCCUUCAUCACGCUGUUUGUGGUGGUUGUAAUCAGCCUGGCUACAGAGGAGCCCAAACCAGAGCAGAUUACUCGCCUGACCUGGUUUACAAGGUUUGACCCAGUGGAGCCCAAAGAGCAGGUGUUCACAGUGGAGGGCAGCACUAUGACUUCAGAGGUGAACAGCAGUCCGACAAAUGGCAUGGGAGUCACAGGAAAUGAGCAGGAGAACAGCAAUGGAAAAGCAUGUCAUCACAGGAAUGACUCUUCAUCCUCCGUGUCCAGCAUCCAGAGAACGUCUAAGAUUAUGUCCGCCGUCUUCUGGCUGUGUGGGAUGGAGAGGAGGAAGCGAGGCGAUGAUGCUCCUGCGAUGCCUCCUCCACUUGAAGAGGCUAUCUGUUCUCUGGAGGAAAAGCCACUGCUACGACACAUUGUUAACGUCAACCUGCUCAUUUGCCUCUCUGUAACUUUCUUCAUCAUCGGCUACUGGGCUUGACAGACAGGUUGUGACUCAAUGGACACCUGGUGUGUUGGGUUGGUUAAAAGUUGUGUAUAGAUUUUUUUUCUUCAAAGAAUGAGAAGAAAUUCCACUUUUUUGUUGUCCUUAAACUGACAGUAAACAUAAAUAUGUCCAUACAGUGAUGCUUUUUCCCUUCUUUAAAAGACAAAGGUGCUUGCUUUACUUCCCACGCAUUUGUAGCAUGAUUUUACUACAUUGACGUUAGAGACUAGGUUUUAUUCUGCCAACAUAAUGUCAUAUAUCUUAAGAUAAACGCUUUAUUUACAUUGACUAUGUGAAUGAAUUACAGCCAAAUACAAUCAAACUAUUAUGGCUGAUGCAAGCAAAGUAUUUUUCACGAUUUCAUCCACCUUUGUUUUAAGGAACAAUUACAGUUGGACAGAAUGAGAAAUAACUGAUGAGCCCGCAACACUUUAAAAUGUUGAACACCUUUAAUUAUAAAGAGUAAUGAUGCAUUGCAGGAUGCAUUAUGUGCAGAAAAGCCAUCAUUAAAAUGCUUAGAAGAAGUAAAAAAGUAUAAUCAAAGAGCUGAAAAUCACCCCAUCAAGGUAAGAUUGUCAGCCAUGGUGAUAAUUAUACACAAAGAAAUAAUUGGCUGUAUUUGGUCUUAGCUUUGAGCGUAAGUUGGAGUGAUCAGUUACAAGCUAUGUAUUGAAAACAUGUAUCACAUCAAUCUGUUAAAAAAAAA